CUAGCCUGGGAACUUCCAUAUUCCGCACCUGCAGCCCUAAAAAACAAAAAGGAAAAAAGAAAAUAUCCUGGAAGGGCUGAUAUGUUUGAAUGCUGCUCCUCAGAUGCUAACCCAAAAUCUAGGUGUAGCUAAUUAAGAAGGCAACUGCUAAGGCUAAGUGUCCAAUCCUGAGAAUCUGUAAAACAAGGAUGGAGUUCAACCCUGUUAGGAAAAUCUCAGUUAAUCCCAUUAGAGAAUAAAUCCCAGAUCCCUUUCCUCCUGGUCAUUAGGCCUUGGGCUAAAAGGAGUGUCUUAGAUACUGCUGGGUCAUUCCACAAAACCUUAUCUUAUUUAAUCCUCAUUAUUUCCCUAUGAAAUAUUCUGUGUUAUCUCCAUUUACAACUCCUCAAAAUGCCCAAAAUUUUUAUUCACCUUCUCAUCUUGUACAUAUCCUCUUCCCUCCACCUGGAGUGGUCUUAUUCCUACUCUUUGCCUCAUGAAGCCCUACUUGUCCUAGAGCUCAUCUCAGAUGUUACUGCUCCGGGGAAGCCUUUCUUAUUAUACACUUUGUCAUAAUUCACUGUACCUCAAUAAACACAAGAAAUUAUGUGAUUAGUCACUUCAUGUAUCAUUCAUGCUGAAGUGUGAACUCCAUGAGGAUGGGAAUUAUAAUCUAUGUCACUUUUCCAGGUUAUUUAUAGUGCCCAGUAUGUGUAGUUCCUUAGACAAGGGCACUCAGUAAAUACUCAGUGUGUGGUUAUGGCAAAUGAAUGCCAGUCAGGAGUCGAAUGCUUGUGUAAUAUAACUUCAAACAUUUCCUUUAGAUUACACCAUUCCCAGAACCCAACAGGAAGUUUCUUAGUGAAAUUACCCAAGAGGCCCUUCCUCAACUCUAUUUCAGUUCUAGGUUGGCUAUCUAACUUUUAAGGUUAUUCAUUAACCUUAGGUCUGGCUUGGGCGUGGCUCUGAGAUAAAGAGCUGAAAGGCUUCAGCAAAACCUCCCCACUUAAGUGUGGGUGAGCUCUUCAGAGAAGGCCCACAUUUCUGAGCAACUCUUUGGAAGACAGGUGUAGGAUGGGCUCCAUGUCCCAUUAAGAAGCUUUGCAAGAGGUAGACACAUCUGGUUUACCAGUGUUUUGGACUUGCUGCUGAGCUGAAAACUGCUUUGUUUUGUGGAAAAGGAAAACUCGGCUGCAAACAUCGAAAAUGAAACCCCCCCGAACUUUUGAGGAGCAAACGGAAUGUAUUGUGGAUUCUCUCCUCACAGACUUCUUAGGCCCCUCUUGCCAGGUUGCUAACCGGAGCCUACGUGGUGUAGAUGAAACAGAUUCAGGAGAAGCUUGCUCUUUUGAUGUGGCCAUCAUUGCUGGUCGCCUUCGGAUGUUGGGUGACAAGUUCAAUGGAGAAUUGGAAGCUUCUGCCAAAAGCAUCAUUGCAGAAACCAUUCAGGGACAGGCAGAAGCUGUAUUUCAGGACAUAGUAAAGUCUCUCAGCAAGGCCUGGUGCGCUCAGGAUUCUAACUUGGCUUACGAGAGAGCCCUUCUGGGAGUGUCAGUCAAGCUUCUUGAAUAUGUGGCCCACUUGGCUCCUGAUGUAGCAAGACAGGUGGCCAUGCCCAUGAGAAAUAUGAUCAAUGGGAACAGUGCCAUCCGAGAGUACAUCCAGGGCCAGGGAGGUUGGGAAAAUCUGGAGAGCUGAAGAAGAGGAGGAGCUGUUUCCUGGACUUCUUCUCUGACUGAUCGGGUGAUUGAUUUCCAGCAGUUAAAACAGAGAAACAACGAAAUCGAACACCACUUUCUCUUGGACAGAAUUAAACUUAGCCAAAUAAUCUAUUUUCUGCUGAUCGUUAAGUUAGGAGCAGCUCCCAGAAGUCUACAGAGAUUUCAUACUUUCUGUUUUUUAGGUGAUUUUUUUUCCCCCUGCAUCUGUGGCAUGUUUAAGUUCCAGGUCAUGGGUCAAACGCACACCACAGCAGUGACCCAAGCUGCUCCCGUGACCAUGCUGGAUCCUUAACUCACCGAGCCACAAGGGAACUCCCAUGAUUUUAUGUGAGUUUUAAUGAAGUUUUGUUGAAGCAAAGACUUCCAGGUGCAAAGUGGUAACUUGUUAGUAGUGGAAUUCCAGGCAACAGGACAGGCCUUUGCUGGAGGUGUUGCAGGGGGAAGGGAGCACAUGGUAAACCAGCCCUUCAGACUUAGCCCUUUCCUUUGGUAAGGCUUGUCACUAAUUUUGCAGUCUAAAGGAUCUCAGGGAGAUCUUCGGUUGGAAAAUCUUGUUAUUUUAAGUUGAGGAUUUUCUUUUAAAUUCAUAACCUAAAUUUCGUGUUAAUUUCAUCUGAGCCAAAUUAUUUUAUGUAUUUUCAAGGUUGGAAGCAAAAAAAUAGGUUCAUCUGCCUUUCUACUAAAGGCCAAAGAGAAGUAGGAUAGGUACUGCAUUUUUAUUGCCUCAGGAUGCGGGCAGUGCUGGCCCAUUUCUAGGACUGUGGGGCCAUCCCAGUGUAGAUGAAGCCAGCUAUAUACCACAGAGUUUUUCAAAGUGUGGGUCACAUACCACUUGUGGACCUUCUACAUUGCUGAUUUCCAGGCCCCUUCUAUAGGGAUUCUGAUUCUGUAGUUGUGGGCUGGGGCCUAGGAUCCUACGUAUUAAAUCUGAUCCACAGCUGAUUUUGAUGUACGUAUGAAAUUUGAGUACCAUCACUUGAUCAGAGGUUGGAAAAUUACAGUCCAAAUCAGCCCACUGCUUUUUUUUUUUUUCCUGUAAAGAACAUUUGAUUGGAAUGCAGCCACACUCACUUGUCUACAUAUUACCUAUGGCUGUUUUAGCAUUGCAGCGGCAGAGAUGAGUAGUCAUGGCAGACACCAUACAGCCUGUCCUGUAAAGCUUAAAAUAUGUGCUAUCUGGCUCUUUAAGUUUACAGACCCCUGCUCUAAAGCUAAAUGAACAUUUCUCCCCGAGUAAUUUAAACUCUGUUGCAAUCCCGAUAAUUCCUGCCAAACAGAAUUGUAUGUUACUCAGCUCUUUUUUUCAGAAUUUAAUCUGCAUGUUUGUUAGUUCUCGCAUAGUCCACACUUUCUCUAGGACCUUUGGCAAAUCAGAGAGCUCUGUGACUCCUGAGUAUUUGACGGUGGGCAUACAUUUCCCCGGCCCUGCCGCAAGUGAUUGGAAGUAAAGCAUGUGGUUUCUGUGGUCUGUGUAUCCCAUAAUAGUUCUUAAUAAUUUCAUAGACUAGUAGGCUGUCAUCAAGUAGAGGCUCCUUCAUCUCUAAGCCCCCAAACCAGACAACGUACCUCAACAUCAAGAAGAAAACAUUGCUCUAUCUGUUUUUUAAGAGAGGUGUUAAUGGCUUCGGCUAAAGUGCAGCAAAGCUAACCACAUCCCCUCCCUUCAGCCACCCCGCCACUUGGCUCCCCUAGAUGCACAGAAAUAAAGAUGUAGUUCUGCUAAUACAUUUUGACUUUUUCAAGUUAUGCUAUUUCCUCUAUCCUUAGAUAAAUCACAAUAGGUUAUAAUCCAGAAAUGAGAUUUCAUGUUUCCCUUUAGUAGAAAUUAGCUUUUUUGGGGGCUACCAAUUUAAGACACUUGAUGUACUCCUUUGUGUCCUUACAUUACCAUAAACUCAACCUGGUGAGUUUUGUGGUAUUUGACCUCUUAGGUGGAAUCACUAUUUUCACUUUGACUGAUGCUGUUCUAUUCAUGAAAAUAAGAUUCUUCGGUCUACGCAUUUGAGCAAGUGCAAAUGUUCUACAAGUGCAAUAGAACAAGUGCACACCUCAGCAAGUGCAAUGUAAAUUGGACAAUGUAGAGACAGAGCAGAUUGGCGGUUACCGGGGCGGGGGUUGGGGGGCGGGGUGGGGACAUAAGUGAAGGUGGUCAAAAGGUACAAACUUCCUAUGAGCUGAGAAGUCCUGGGGCUCUACCCUACAGCAUGGUGACUAGACUUAACAGUACUGUAAUGUGUAUUUGAAAGGUGCUAAGAGAGUUGAUUUUUAAAGUUCUCCUCGCACACCCAAACUGUAGCUACGUGAGGUGAUGGAUAUGCUAAUUUAUAGUAAUCAUUUUGAUAUAUAUAUAUAUGCCAAAUCUUUAUGUUGUAUGCCUUAAAACUUAUACAAAGUUAUAUGCCAAUUAUAUUGCAAUAAAGCUAGAAAAAGAUUGAACGAUAAA